CAAGAAGAGAACGAAGCGCUGCCUCUAAACCCUGCAUCCCUGGGUUUUCCCUCCCCUCUCACCCUGCCCCUUCGACGUCUCACGCCCUUCCCUCUCUCUCUCGGUUGUCAUCGCCGGCGCCGCGCAGGGUUUGCGGGCGUUGGGUGAGCAACAAUGGUGAAGAAAAGCAAGAAGAGCAAGAGCAAAAGAGUUUCCCUGAAAAAGAAGUACAAAAUCAUAAAGAAGGUUAAGGAGCAUCACCGGAAGAAGGCAAAAGAAGCUAAAAAACUCGGGUUCAAGCGUAAGAAGGUUGAGAAAGACCCAGGGAUUCCCAAUGAUUGGCCUUUCAAGGAGCAAGAGCUCCGGGCACUUGAAGCUCGGCGUGCCCGUGCCCUUGAGGAGUUGGAGCAGAAGAAAGCCCUCAGGAAAGAAAGGGCUCAAAAGAGAAAGCUGGGUUUGCUAGAGGGUGAUGAGCAAAACGAUAUAGCAUCUGAUAAACAGAGCAAACCAGUGAAUGAUGGCAUUGGGAUGAGCAAGAUCCAUGAUAACUCAGAGAGGGCUUUCUAUAAGGAGCUAGUAAAGGUCAUUGAGGUUUCAGAUGUCAUUCUAGAGGUCCUUGAUGCUCGUGACCCUCUUGGGACACGAUGUAUUGAGAUGGAGAAAAUGGUGCAGAAGUAUGGUCCUGAGAAACAUCUUGUUUUGCUUCUUAAUAAGAUCGAUCUUGUUCCUCGAGAAGCUGCAGAGAAAUGGCUCAAGUAUUUACGUGAAGAAUUGCCUGCUGUUGCAUUCAAAUGCAAUACACAAGAACAACGGUCUAAUUUAGGAUGGAAGUCUGCAUCAAAAGCAGCAAGGUCCAGCAACUUACUGCAGACUAGUGACUGCCUGGGAGCUGAGACUCUUAUAAAGUUGCUCAAGAACUACUCUAGAAGCCAUGAGCUAAAAAAGUCCAUCACUGUUGGUGUUGUUGGGCUUCCAAAUGUUGGAAAGAGUAGUUUAAUAAAUAGCUUGAAGAGAUCGCAUGUUGUUAACGUUGGUGCAACUCCUGGAUUGACAAGGACAAUGCAAGAAGUUCAGUUAGACAAGAAUGUGAAGUUGUUGGACUGCCCUGGAGUUGUAAUGCUUAAGCCUGGUGAGAAUGGUGUAUCUAUCGCUCUUCGCAAUUGUAAAAGAAUUGAAAAGUUAGACGACCCAAUUUCUCCAGUUAGGGAGAUUCUGAAGCUUUGUCCUGCUGAAAAGUUAAUGGCAGUAUAUAAACUGCCAAGGUUUAGCUCAGUGGACGAAUUCUUGCAGAAAGUUGCUUCUCUUCGUGGAAAAUUGAAAAAGGGUGGUGUUCUGGACAUGGAAGCUGCUGCUAAGAUAGUUCUUCGUGAUUGGAAUGAAGGUAAAAUUCCAUAUUACACAUUCCCUCCUGUCCGAAAUCAAGGUGAGAAACUGGAGUCUGCCAUAGUUUCUGAACUUGGGAAAGAGUUUAAUGUUGAUGAAAUCUAUGGAGAGGAAUCAUCUUUUAUUGGAAGCCUAGUAUCUGUUGCUGAUGCUUCUCACGUGGAAGUCCCUCCCAGCUCUCCCGUGAAUCUAGAUGAGCAGAUGUUGGAGUCUGAGGAUGACGAAGAAUCAGAUGAGGCCAUGGAAGACACGAGGAUCGCCGAAGCUGCAGAUUCAGCCGCUGGAGAGACGACGCGUAGCAACAGUGGGCAGAAUGAUAAACUUUAUUCCGCGGAGGGCAUACUAGAUCCCCGGAAAACAAAAGCAGAGAAGAAGAGAAGGAAGAAAGCUGAGAAAUCGGUUCCUAUGGAUGGCGAUUAUGAUUUUAUGGUUGAUUACAAAAUUGGGAAACCUGCCCGGUUUGAUGCUUUGUCUGAGCAGGAUGGUGCUGAUGGUGCUGAUGGUGCUGAUGAAGACCAAGCUGGGAAUCAGGUGCCAAUGUCAGGCGUCGAAGUGGACGCCUGAAAGGGUGACAGGGAGAGAGAGAAAGACAGAGAGAUAUUGUGCGAGGUGAUAAAAAAUGUAGCUUGUGGAAUUGAAGUGCACCGUAGUUUUAGGGUUAUGUAUUCAUUAAGAGCUGCUGACUGGCGAGGUGGCCAGGGUAGUGGUAUUUUUGCUAGGUUCCCUUUUCUCUUUUCUCUAUUAAUGUGAGCGGCUUAUUGCUAUUCAUCUUUA